AUUAACUGCGCAUUUCUUCCUCCAGGUAGCCCGUCCACCAGCGUCAUUGAGAUCGUUCUCGCCAGACACAUGUUGCAAAGAUGAAGGGAUCAACCUCCCGUUAUGAGGGCUUGGUGUGCACGGAACCUGCACCCACGCGGUCUGCAAUGCGUUGCCCCCCAGAUUCAUGAUAUUUCCUCGCUCAGGUCUAUUCCCACAGGUGGAUUGGCCUUUCGAACCUAUUUACGGCCCACCAAUGCCAGAUGUAUCUGGACACCUCUAAGAUACCCUCCACCUGCGCGACUCCUACAUACCGGAUCUGAGGCGGAUGAUCAUGUCCCGUCGUUGGUGGCUUCCCGUAGGGACAACGACAACAGUGAUGGAGACGACCCUCAGUCGCUUUCCACGCAGGAGGAGAAAGCUGUCAAGGCACGCAAAUCCUUUCGCAUCAAUAUUCCAAAAGUCAAUCUAGACUCCGCUUUAGAGACUAUGAGACAGGCUCAUGCACACGGGCUCACGCUUGACGAAGUGGUUCUCAAACCUUCCCGAGUACAGACUGAUUCUUCAGUCCAUGUGGUUUCAUUAAAGAAUGAGGAAAGGUUGGCUAUCAAGAUGAAGGUUGAUCUUGAGGUGGCCAGACAGCAGGGGAAAAUGAAGGAAACUCUUCGCCUGAGGCAGACAUUACCUCUGAUGGCAGGGGAGACGCAGCAGACACUCCUGAAAUUGAUUAACGACAAUGACGUGGUCAUCGUCCUGGCUAAAACUGGCUCUGGAAAGACUACGCAAGUCCCCCAGAUCAUACUCGAUGACAAAAUAAUGUCCGGAGAAGGUCCAUGUACAAACAUUGUUUGCACUCAACCCCGGCGAAUUGCGGCAACCUCUGUGGCGCACAGGGUGGCUUACGAGCGCCAUGAUACCAUCAGAAGUAGCGUUGGAUACCAUAUUCGCCACGAGAACUGGUCACCGUCUCCGCUUGGGAGCAUAACUUAUUGUACCACGGGGAUCCUCCUCAAUCGACUCAUAGCCAACCCGCAAGCAACCUUGUCGUCCCAUUCACACAUCAUUGUUGACGAAGUCCAUGAACGGGAUAUCCAGAUUGAUCUUGUCCUCUCGCUCCUUCGGAAGGCUAUCCGAGCCAGGAAGGCGACACAGGAGAGCUUCCCAAAGGUUAUCCUGAUGAGCGCUACCAUUGAUCCGACGACUUUCCUCGACUAUUUCAAACAGCCAGCGGAGGACGGCACUGCCCUCAAGGUCGAUUGUCUCGAUGUAGAGGGUCGGCGCGCGCAUGUCGAAACCCACUAUCUGCCUGAAAUCCUUACGGAAUUAUCUCAAGGUGGUGACCUGCAUCCCUCGAUCCGCCAAUUGAUUCAGGGUGGUCACCAUCAAUCCAGCGCACGACACAUUGAACACGAGAUGCACUUUUCUGCCCAGAAAAUAAAGUUAGGAAAGCCUCUCUCGAGUGAGAAUGGCGCGAAUGAGAAUUCGCCCCUGCAAAGUGCUGUCGAUGAAACCGAUUCCGCUGAACUCACAGGUCCAAUGCGUGUCGGCCUAGCUGUCUCUGUAAUAGUCCAUAUUGCAAAGACUAAGCCUGAUGGCGAUGUCCUGGUGUUCUUUCCUGGGUCAACGGACAUGGAAAAGGUCGAGCUUCUUUUGACCAGUGGCCGUUUCGCCAGUCUAGGGCUUGACUUCCUAGAUCCAAAUAGGUUCAGGUUAUUCAAACUUCAUUCUCUGCGCCGGGAAACGAACGAUCAAGUCUUUGAACCUGUUCCCGAGGGCUGUCGGAGAAUCAUCCUGACAACGAAUAUUGCGGAGACCUCAAUCACACUACCAGAUGUCGUUUAUGUCGUCGACACUGGUAAGGAGCGAAAUAGUCUAUUUGACCCUUCGACUCUGGCCAGGAGUCUGCCUUAUACUUGGAUCAGUAAGACCAGCUCAAUUCAAAGACGUGGCCGUGCUGGACGAGUUCGAAAUGGCCAUUACUAUGCUUUGUUUUCAAAGGAACGCCACGAUUCACUUCGACCAAUGCAACGCCCUAAGAUCGAGCAGUCCGAUCUCGCGGAAAUGGCAUUGCAAUUUAAGGCCUUUCCCCAACACGGAGAUGUUGAAAGUUUUCUUCUCGAAACGAUAGACCCGCCCACCUCCGAAUCAGUCGCGAGCGCGAUCAGACAGUUGCAAAGUCUAGGCGCACUGACUGAAAGCGGGGACAUCACAGACCUGGGCAGGUUACUGUGGCGACUUGGGGUGCAUCCAGCACUGGGAAAGGGCAUUCUUUUGGGAUCACUGUUCGGAUGCCUGGAGCCCAUGUUGAUUAUUGCGUGUCACGACCCUGGAGCACCUCUAGUGUCAACUCUAGAACUGAGUAUCGACAGACUCAGGGCCGUGAAACAGCAAUAUCUCCCCGAGUUCGAGAGUGACUUUGCUUGGAUCAUCGAGGCCUUCAGAGAGUACCAUGCAGCUAACCUGGCCGGCGACGAAAAUCUCAUGCAGGAAUUACGUGACACAAAGCAUAUCCGGCACCGAGCUUAUCUGGAUAUGAUGAUGACAAGCAAAGCGCUCCAUGAUGUCCUUGCUGAAGUUGGAUUUGUCCCAUCUCCGCAACCCGAGAAGACCAUUUUCGAGUCGCUUCCUGACUCUUUAAAUGCAAAUAGUGACAAUAUGGUGCUCGUUAAAGCGCUGCUUAUCAACACGGUUAGUGCUGAACUAGCCGCCUGGAGGGGAGCGACAAGUUUCAAAGGCCGUCAAUAUGGCUGGUCGACUGAUAGUCGUGAUCUCAAAGGCAUGUUAUCGAAACACGGAGUCAAUGAAGCAAACACUCGGCGGGACCGACGUAAAAAGAAACGAUACCGCAGCCACGGUCGCUUGAUGGCAUACACAUGGAAACAAGCCGGGCUCGAUGGGCCUGAUGACGUCGUAUGGCUUGAACAAGCAUCCAUGGUGACACCUCUCAUGGCCAUUUUGUUCUGCCGGAGUCUCAAGCUGCAAAUCGAUGAGGUAUUGGAGCUCAAUGAGUGGCUUCGGCUCCGUCUCUCAGCACCUGACGAUGUUCCAUCGGAAUUUUCUGAUCGGGCCGCAGUCAUCCUAACGGAAUUGAGGAAAACGAUCGAUCGAUUUGUAAAUCUCGCAUGGCUUGAGCUUGAAAGGCUGAACUAUCCUCGAGGGCCGCACCACUCUGGCAGUCACAGGCAAGCCACGACACCAAACAGUAUGGGUCUCGAGCUGAGAAACGUCAUGGUUGAGGCUGUCGUGAAAAUGCUCGAUGUCGACGAGGCGUAUUGGAGGGAGUGGCGUAAACGGCGCCGUGUGGAGAUUGCUUUGGACGUUGAACGUCGGAAGAGGGAGGAGGAAGAGGCAGAAGCCGUCGUUGAAGACGAGGGACAAGGAAAAGAGCACCUGGAAGACGCGAUAGCCACUGAGAUGGAGGAGAUGGACUCGGACGCUGAAGCAGAGGAUGAUGUUGAGUCUGAUGCUGAGGGUGACCUCGGGCAUUCUGCUGCUAAUCAGGGAUUGGACAAGGCGACGGCAUGAACCCGGGUCGACGAGCUAGAUUCCACGAUGCAAGGGAUUGCCACAUUUUGGGAGUAUAUAUACUCUGUACUAAAACUGGACUGGACUAUGUGUAUGGUUGGUUCUGUAGGACAAGGUGUACAAAGAACGAGGGCAAAGCACAUCACCAAUGUAGGAAUACAAGUAUAGAGUUGUUCAAGGGACGAAAAGAAAUGGGCUUCUUCAGCAUUGUAACGAAAGCAGAACAUUGAUG